GAACACUCCCACUCUCCCACUGCCAAGACAAACCGGACGACUGACAAGUUGAUGUAGAAAAACCAUCUGACGUGGAAAGCGACUGUGAGUUUAAUUCUGGGAAGAACGGCAGCCACCUGCUGAUGCUCGAACGACAGAAUGCCCUCCGACUACGAUGCCCUGAAGUCAAAACUCGAGGCCCAUGGCCAGGCACAUUUGCUGUACUUCAGGGACCGACUCACCGACUCGGAAAGGAACAGCCUGAUCGCUGACAUUGCCGAAAUCAAUGUCGAAGAGAGUCUCGAGCACUUCCAGCAGGCUAUGCUGGCCGAAUCGCAGAAUGACACCAAGCCCCUUGACUCCUCGAUGGAACCUGUGCCGCAAGACAUCUGCGGCUCGGCUUCCGAAUCCAGUCCGGAAGAACUGGAGUCCCUGGAGAACAGAGGCCUUCGACUGAUGGCCGAAGGGAAAGUGGCCACGCUGCUGCUGGCAGGAGGUCAGGGCACUCGACUAGGGGUUGUUUACCCCAAAGGCAUGUACGACAUUGGCUUGCCGUCCCACAAGUCCCUGUACCAACUGCAGGCCGAACGAAUUCUUCGUCUGCAAAUUCUAGCAGAAGAACUGACAGGCCAGAAGGCGACAAUCCCUUGGUACAUUAUGACGAGUGAGCACACAAGGGAGCCGACAAUACAAUUUCUCUCCGACCGAAACUACUUUGGACUUGACCCGAUGCAAGUGUUAGUUUUUGAGCAGGGAAUGAUGGUUUGCUUUUCCCCUGAAGGCAAGAUCCUGCUGGAAACGCCAAGCAGACUAGCCAGAGCACCCGAUGGAAACGGGGGCCUCUUCCGAGCGCUCAGGGAUAGCGGUAUCAUAGACGACAUGGAGAAACGAGGCCUUGUGUACGUACAUGUGUACGGAGUCGAUAAUGUGUUAGUGAGACCUGCAGAUCCAAUUUUUGUUGGAUAUUGUGACGAGAAGGGCGCCGAGUGUGCAGCUAAAGUUGUCCACAAAGCUCUUCCCAGAGAGGCUGUCGGUGUGAUUUGCUUAGUUGAUGGAAAAUAUAACGUAGUGGAAUAUAGUGAACUGACGACAGAAAAGGCAGAGCAGCGUGGUCCAGACGGUCGCCUUACUUACUGCCUAGGCAGCAUUUGCAAUCACAUAUUCUCUGUCCCAUUCCUGAAGAGAAUAUCUGGGAGCAAGAAAGAUGGACUGAAAUAUCAUAUUGCACGCAAGAGCAUUCCAGUUGCCGAUCCCGACACAGGGGAGUCCAAGGCUCCCAGCAAGCCCAACGGUAUCAAGAUUGAAAAAUUUGUUUUUGAUGCCUUUCCCCUGGCCAAAACAUUUGCCUGCUGGGAAGUUCGCCGAGAGGAUGAGUUCAGUCCACUGAAGAACCGACCUGGCGAGAGUGCCGACACCCCCAAAACUGCAAGACAGGCCCUCCUCUCCUUCCAUCAAAGAUUGAUUGCAGCUCAGGGUGGUAUUAUUGUGGACGAAGAUGGUCAUCCAAUAUCCCCAGAAGAUGCUAUUGUUGAAAUUUCACCCCUUGUGUCUUACAGAGGGGAAGGCUUGACCCCUUUAGUGGAGGGACAGCGUCUCCGAUCACCCCUCCAGCUAAACCCUACUGUCAAUCACUCAAAAAAACUGGCUGACAGUGAUCUCUUUUUACCUCCAGAAGAAACCGUGCAUUGAUUUUUUUUAAUACCUGGUCAAAUUUUAAUGACUUGAAUUGCUGUUAAGUGGCGUUGCAUUUAUUUAGUCAGUUGCGGGGCAUCAUUUAAAGAAAUUAUGUGUUCUGUCAGAGUCUACUUGAGAGUCGUUUUGCCUAGAAACUUUGUGAUAAGGCUUAUAUUUGGUCAGAUAUAACAUUAUAAUAUUAUGUAUUAUACCAUCUGCUGUUAUGGACAAAUGCUUUUUACUUGAUUGCGGUUUUUGAUCUGUUGGAACUGCACUCUAUUUAUUAUUAUUUUAAUUUUUAAUUUCAAACACAUUUUAUAGUUUAUGAUCAAAGGUUUAUUGUGCAGUUUAUAUUGAGGAGCGUGGUGGCGGUCAAUAAAUUUUUAGCUAAAAAAAA